AUGACAGUAGAUCAUUCGCAAUGGACGACUAGAGAAACUCUAGCGCUGAUAAACUAUGCUCAGCAAGCUCCUUACGAUCCCGGUUUUCUCAAAUGCCAAGAACUGUUGUCGCCAUUUGCCGAGCAAAACCGGCCACAGUCGUUUUUCAGCCCAAACAAUUGCAAGCGUCGGAUGAACGAUCUAAAGCAGAAAAAUGAGUCCAUCCCUCAAUUGGCAGAAUUUUAUAAAGAAAAACGAAUUCAAGAGCAUAAAACGUCGAUAAAAGAAAAACAAGCGAAGCUUGAUCGGCUUAAAUCUCUUCUCAGACUCUUAGACCAAGAAAAACUGGACGAAGAUGGAAUGAAUCAACUAAAAGAUCAAAUCUACGGAGCAAAACAGCUCAUAAAACCAAAAAUCGAGCAAGCAAAUGUUUCGAUCGUUUAUCAGGGUCAAUCCGCUGCUCUCUCCCAGCCUGCUUCUCAAUUAGUUCAAUUGCAAUACGCCGGACACCCCAAUCAAAUCGUUGUUCCUCAAAAUGUACGAGUCACAUCUGGCCAAGCGCAGAAAGGAAAGCAUCGAAUUGCUCAGCCACGGUCGAAUGUAAUACAACUAGUCAACGGGGCGCAAAACAUUCAAGGCCUGCAACUCAUCCCAAUCACCACUUCCGGCGUCGAUGGUCAAAACGCCAAAAUCGAGACCGUUCCAAACAGUUCCACAAGUCAAAUGUUCUUUACCAUGCCCGCCAGUAGUAGCACAACAUCGACAGUAGUUGGGCAGCAACAACAACAAACUCUUUCUUCCGAAGGCACGGGCAAAUCCACGCUUUGA